ACAUUUCUGGCAGAGACAAUGACUCCAUUAUGUAUGGUGGUCUUUAUUUAGGACUCUCUGCUAAUUCCAAUUAACGCCCUUCAUGUAGGAGGAGCUCUUAUGUUACCAUGGCAAUUACACUCGAUCAACAAGCUGCUACAAAAUGAUGUUCCGGAGUGUACAGGCCGAAGACGAGUCUGGAUCUGACUGGGAUGAACCCACCCCCAACACCACACCAAGAAGGGACACCACCUCUCAGUCACCAGCCAAUCGCUAUGCACCCACCACCACUGUACAAGCUCCACAACAUCAAGGUCAACCAACCUUCACCCCUCCUGCAUACGAGGCAUACGAGACAGUACACGAGCCUCACCCACCUUCCACCUCCCACUCGCUUCACACUCUCCAUGAGCCUCACCCACCUCCCACCUCCCACUCGCCUCGCCCACCUCCCACCUCCCACUCGCUACACACCAGGCACAGACCACAGCACUAUACUACUGUACAGAUAGAAACACAUGAUGAAAGUACUCCUCAACGACAUCAGCACACCUCUACACAACAAGCUGCACACCCUCCACAAGAUACACACCAGCUCACACAUGAAGAAUCCUUGAGGCCACCUCGGAUACUACCUCCUAUCGAACAAAGUGUGCCGGCAAAAAUGGUUACACCGCCACGUCUUCGCCCACUCACUCCAGCCUCUAUCAACUUAGUGUAUGAGGGAGAGCCGAUGACCACUGCCAACAGUGCUACAGACACUCGCUAUGAUGAGACCAUUAGACUUCUUCCACUGCAGAGCAGUGAACUUCUUGAGUUUGCUAGUGUGAAUGGAGAGUGUGCGCAAAAGAUACUGCCUUCAUAUGGAUCCCCUCCUUACUCUCACAUGGGAGACAUUGCAGAAAAGUCAGACAAGCUGUCUAGACGAUGCACAGAGGAAGUAGUGUCUUGUAUGAAGAUUGUCAGUGAUUUUAUUAUCAAUUUUAUCCUGGGGCUAAUACAUUUUUUUCUCUACCAUGUUGUACGGAAGCUGUUGUGUGGGGUUGUGAGGAUUGUCUCUGACACCUGUUUUAAAUCAUCUAUUGAUGUGAUCUUCAACGGAAUCCUCUGGCCCCUCUGUGCGAUGGGCUACCAGAUAAGCAAAGCUGGUGUGCUCAUUCUGACUCCAAUUGUAGGCCUAGUGGGGACAUUACUCCACCAUGUUGCAAACAUGCUUAGGGCAUGCAGACUGGUUGAACUACACUUCAAUAACACAGCCACAAGACCAAUAAAUGUUUAAUAACAAUGAACACAUUCCAUAGUCAUGAAAUAGAUAAGGAAUAUCUUUUUGUACACGUUUCAUUAUGUCCUGUUUAUGUUCAGUUCUGUUACACUUUCAAUCUUUGAUUGUAGGCUUGAAAAGCUUUCUCUCUGUA